CAGCAACAACAUCCAUUGUUAAAUCUCCCAUCCGUAUCCGUAGAAGUGAAUAUUUAACCACCAGGAGAUCGAAUUAAAGUGUUGUGAGAAAACGACGAUACGAUAGGAUUGGUUUCUUCUGGUACUUGUGAAAUAGUUUGUCCAGCGUUCUAAUAAUUCAUUGCCAUGUUAGGCAUUCAUCCUUUAUCGCACGACCCCACUUCAGCGUGGAAGGAGAUAUCAAAAUCGCAGCGCGUGAUUAAAAUCAACACGAAACCUCCGGUUGCGGAUGUCUCACCAAACAAGGUGCGAGUCGUUUGCAUGUCGGAUACACAUUCACUGACGCAUCACAUCAAAUUCGACAUUCCAAACGGCGAUAUUUUUAUUCAUGCUGGUGAUUUUACACGCUGUGGCAAACUAGACGAAGUUAUCGAUUUCAACGAAUGGUUAAAAAAACUACCGCACAGACACAAGCUGGUAAUUGCUGGGAACCAUGAGCUAAGCUUUGAUAACACCUUCACUCAUCCUUUUCAAAAUGCGAACAGUUGCUGCAGGAAAACGUGCACCACCCUCCUGGAUGAAAUGCCAACAUUGGGAAAUUCCAAAGAAAGCCUGGCAGAAGCAAUCAAAACGGAGAACAUUCGGCAAUAUCUAAAUAGCUGCAUCUAUUUGCAGGACGAGGGUGUUGAAUUGUUCGGACUAAAGAUUUAUGGUACACCUUGGCAACCAGAGUUCUGCAAAUGGGCGUUCAAUUUGAAACGCGGUAAAGAUUGUCUCGCAAAAUGGGAACAAAUACCGGAAAGUGUUGAUAUACUAAUAACACACACUCCUCCCGUUGGUCAUGGUGAUUUAUGCUGCUCCGGAGUGCGCGCUGGAUGCGUUGAGUUGUUAUCGACAGUGCAGCAAAGAGUUAAACCUAAAUAUCAUGUAUUUGGACACGUACACGAAGGUUAUGGCAUAACUUCGGAUGGCAGAAUCAUAUUUGUGAAUGCAUCUACCUGUGACAUUAACUACUUACCUAAUAAUCAGCCUAUAGUCUUCGAUAUAACCUUACCGACAGGAUGGUGUAAAGACGAGUAACUGUAUAUAGCAACAGUUUCACGGGACAUCAAAAAUGUGAUACACAUAGAUUUUGAAGUUAGUUUGUCUCGAAUUGUUGAAUCCUUUGCACUGGCGAAUUAUGUUUUUGUUUUCUGUUUUCCCCCACAUAUGAUUACCCUCCAAAUACUCAAAUGUUGUAUGCAUCAGUAAAACUCAUACAUUUUGCGAUUCCAGUUUAUGGUCAAAUACAAAUAAGCUUAGACUUACUAUGUAAUACUAUGAUUGAGAUGAGAUGAGAUUGAAAAGUAAUGCCUUUCCAACAUGACAGUUUUUAAAUCAUCAUGUUUCGAAAAUAUGUUUUGAACAAUUUGGUCAAAUUUUCUUUUCCAUUUCCCUAUCUGAAUCCAAAGACGGAAGGUCCGAUAAAGCAAUGCUUGUUUUACUGUCUCAACCAACAUUCAUAUCCACAUAGAAAUUUGACGUUACACGACCGAGGAAGCGAUAUUCUGAUCUUUGAAUUUAAACAUAAGCUGUGGUCAAGCUAAAUUUGUGGAAACUCAGGGAUCAUCAAAUACAAGCCCAGCCAGAUCCUGGCUUAUGGUGUCUAAAUGACACUACCAAAUAGAUACUGACAGCUGAAGCCAUCGGUAAGCAAAUUCGCCAUGCUUGCUUUCCGACGCCUAUCCUGGAUUGACCCUACUAGCUCUCUGCCGAAACACGUACAAUAGCCCAAUGUUCGUACAUUGCUGUUCUCUUUACGCCUUCCACAUGCAUUAACGCUAUUCGCCAUGCUGCGACU